AUGGCCGAGUGGAACGUGACAUCGUCUGUGGCCGGGGAUGCCACCAACGCCUCUGCGGGCGGGAACGCCUCGGCGGGCAGCGGGCAGCGGCAGAUCCCUGUCGUGCACUGGGUGAUCAUGAGCAUCUCCCUGCUGGGCUUCGUGGAAAAUGGGAUUCUGCUCUGGUUCCUUUGCUUCCGCAUGAGGAGAAAUCCCUUCACGGUCUACAUCACCCACUUGUCCAUCGCCGACAUCUCCUUGCUGUUUUGUAUUUUUAUCCUGUCCAUUGACUAUGCUUUAGGUUACGGACUCUCUUCCGGCCAUUACUACACCAAUGUCACGUUAUCGGUGACUUUCCUGUUUGGCUACAACACGGGCCUCUAUCUGCUGACGGCCAUUAGUGUGGAGAGGUGCCUGUCGGUCCUCUACCCCAUCUGGUACCGGUGCCACCGGCCCAAGCACCAGUCGGCAUUUGUCUGCGCCCUCCUGUGGGCACUUUCUUGUCUAGUGACCACCAUGGAGCAUGUCAUGUGCAUCAGCGGUGGAGAAGGGAGCCAGUCUCAAAGCGACUGCAGAGCAGUCAUCAUCUUCAUAGCCAUUCUGAGCUUCCUGGUCUUCACGCCACUCAUGGUGGCAUCCAGCACCAUCCUGGUGGUGAAAAUCCGGAAGAGCACAUGGACUUCCCAUUCCUCCAAGCUGUACAUAGUCAUCAUAGUCACCAUCGUCAUCUUCCUCAUCUUUGCCAUGCCCAUGAGGCUCCUGUACCUGCUGUACUACGAGUACUGGUCGACGUUUGGGAACCUGCACCACGUUUGCCUGCUCUUCUCCACCAUCAACAGCAGCACCAACCCCUUCAUUUAUUUCUUCGUGGGCAGCAGUAAGAAGAAGCGGUUCAAGGAGUCUUUAAAAGUGGUUCUGACCAGGGCUUUCAAAGAUGAGACGCAAGCGAGGCACGAGGAACACAACUGUAACACCGUCACAGUUGAGACUGUCGUCUGA